AUGGACAAAUUAAUGAACUGUCUCCGCUUCUUCCUGCUGCCACUCCUUCUUCUGCUUGCACUCAUAUGUUCGUCGCAUCAUGGCCAUGUUGCAGCCUCCAAAGCAACCGUCGAAUACCUUCCUGGAUUCCAGGGCCGACUCCCAUUUUACCUCGAGACCGGGUACAUUGGAGUUGGGGAAGCUGCAGAGCUGUUCUACUACUUUGUGAAGUCAGAAGGGAAUCCUGAAGCCGACCCUCUCCUUCUCUGGCUCACCGGCGGCCCUGGCUGCUCUGCCUUCUCUGCUCUUACCAUGGAAAUUGGUCCAAUCAAGUUCCAAGUACCAGUAGCGGAACAGAACGGGAGCUUGCCAAAUCUAAACCUCAACCCAUUUUCCUGGACUAAGUUUUCGAGCAUCAUAUUUCUGGACUUGCCUGUUGGGACUGGAUUCUCUUACACAACAAACCCAUCUCCUGAUGAUCAUCCAAGUGACCAGGUUCAAGUUUCUCAAGCUGCAGAGUUCAUCAGAAAGAAUCCACUGUAUAUUGCAGGGGAUUCCUACUCAGGCAUGACUGUUCCACCCAUUGUCCAACAAUUGUCCAUUGGAAACGAGAAAGGCAUCGAGCCGAUGUUAAACAUCAAGGGCUACAUACUUGGAAACCCAGCAACAAGUAGUGAAAUUGAUAAGAACGCCCGAAUCCCAUACGCACAUGGAAUGGCACUCAUUUCUGAUGAACUCUACAAGUCACUUCACAAAAGCUGCAAGGGAGAGUACAUCACAGUUGAACCUACCAACUUGGAAUGUAAGAACAAUCUAAAGGCUUUCUCUGAGUGUGUCUCGGGUAUAAACACACUUAGCAUACUGUAUCCAGAAUGCAAUUUAGAUCCAGCAAAAAUGCCAGUGGAGAUUGCUGCCCUAAGAAGAAGAAUGUUGCAGGACGAUUCUCAGCUGUUAUCGACCGUUGAUCCGCCUAAGCUCGACUGUAACGAUGACACCAAUCUAAUGGUCUACAAACAUUGGGUCAACGACGAACUCGUCCAGAAAGCGCUUCACAUAAGAGAGGGGAUGAUAGCGGAGUGGGAGGUUUGUAAUCGUCGGUCGGAUUACGAACAUGAUAUUUCUACCAGUUUCGUGUAUCAUGUCAACCUUUCAACAAAGGGUUAUCGUUCAUUGAUCUACAGUGGAGAUCACGAUAUGGUAAUACCGUAUAUUGGAACACAAGUCUGGAUUCGAGCUCUCAAUUACUCCAUCGUGGAGGACUGGAGAUCAUGGCACGUGGAAGGUCAAGUUGCAGGGUAA